AUACCUGAGAAAGGUCCACUAGUUAGAAAUCUUCAAAUCUGUUGUAUGAUAGAUAGUCAACUGUUGGUCCAUGGCUUCAUCUGUUAGGAGUGCUUAGUAUUUUAAGAUGAACAUUGAGUUUUCAACGCACACCGGCACACGGCACACUGAACAUUAGGCUUCAAAGUUUACCAGCUUUCCUUACAAAUUCUUGUAGUACUACAUAUUUCUCGGUAGUGUUCCUUUGUUUACUGGAAUAGCAGGUCUGAAAUACUGCUAGUUUGGUUCAUCAUUCCAUGUGCUGAUAUGGUUUGAUAAUUACAGACUGAUGGAGUUUGAUCUGUCCUUUUUCGUUAGGUGACUAGGAGUAUGUCUUUUGCUAUGUCCUUGAAGCAUCUGCUUGUAUAUUUUAGCCAUGACUUCUGGAGGUUUAGGUAGUAGGACCGUAGGAGUAAUUCAGUAAUAACUAGAUAGUAGCAGUUAAUAUACUAGUCCUAAAUAGGAGCAGGAUAUAAUUUGUUGAGUUGCUUAUGGAGAAGAAGUUGUUUUCAAUAAGAGGGAACAAGUUGAUUAAGUUUCCCGAUUGCUUGGGACGGUCAAUAGCAGCAAACGAUUUGGCAUACUAGUACCAGUAGUAUAAUAUAUAGAAGUAUAUUGGGUUGGUGCAACUUCGUCCAUUUUGUCAUUGGCUUCAAUAAAACUAGUUGUAGUACAGUGGUUGCAUAAAUAAGUAUUUCAGUAAAUUAGUCCUAGGUGCACCAUGAUAGUGGUGAAUUUAAAAUAAAGCUUCAGAUUCAUACUGGUAUUGUAGUUGCUUUUAAUUUGGUCUUGAAAAGAAAACCAAACCAAACCUGCGACACAGGCAGGCAGCUAGAGGGUAGCUGCUCUGCUCGAUCCAUUCCAUUCCAUGCCGCCGCCCUCCUUCCCAUCAUCCUUAAUCCUUCAAUUUAAUUGCACUUGAUUAAUAGCUAGUGAUAGUGGAAGGAACUGGUAGGCAAUGGCUACCACGCCGGAGGCGGCGGAGUCCCUCCGAUUCCGAUGGCCGGCAGCGGAGGAGGAGUUCGACAACGACAUGGUCCUCCCCUACAUCUCCCGCCUCCUCAUGGAGGACGACGUCCACGACCACUUCUUCUACCAGUACCCCGACCACCCCGCCCUCCUCCGCGCCCAGCAGCCAUUCGCCCAGAUCCUCGCCUCCUCCCCCUCCUCCGCCGCCGGCGCCUCGUCGUCGUCCUCCUCCUCCGAUGCCCCGCCCAGCCGCCCCUUCUUCGAUGACGAGGCGGCCACCGCCAAGACUUUCCCCACUGCUGCGGUCCACAGCGUUGACCACCAGUACUCCGGCGGCCUCGACAUGGUCAACAUGGCGUUCCUCAAGGGCAUGGAGGAAGCCAACAAGUUCCUGCCCACCAACACCCUCCUCCUCUCGACCGACUCUUCUACUACCUUGCAGUUGCAGGUUCAGGGUGAGGUAGUCGUCGACGGACAUGGAAUGCUCGGGGGGGUCGGGGGAGCAGCUGCAGCUCAUGCUCAUGGUGCAAUCAACAGCAAGAAAGUCAACUGCAGGGACGACGACUUGGAAGCUGGCACUGGCAGGGCCACCAAACUGAUGGCGCCCGAGCCGGAGCUGGAGGAGGAAGGUGCACGCCAGAUGUUCGACGAAAUGAUGCUCCAGGAGCACGAGAUUUGCAUGAAGGGGGUGAAGCAGCUGAGCCUCAAGUCCAAGAGCAGCAGCAGCAAGAAGGCGCGGGGGAGACGCACUGUGAUCCACACCGAGCCGGUGGACCUGCACAACCUGCUGCUCCACUGCGCGCAGGCGGUGGCCACGGACGACCGCCGGAGCGCGCACGAGCUGCUGAGGCAGAUCAAGCAGCACUCGUCGGCGUGGGGAGACGCCGGACAGAGGCUGGCGCACUGCUUCGCGCAAGGGCUGGAGGCCCGGCUCGCCGGCACGGGGAGCCAGGUGUACCAGUCGCUCAUGUCGCAGCGCACCUCCGUGGUCGACUUCCUCAAGGCGUACCGGCUGUACAUGGAAGCCUGCUGCUGCAAGAAGGUGGCCUUCGUCUUCUCCAACAAGACCAUCUACGACGCCGUCGCCGGGAGGCGCAAGCUGCAUAUCGUCGACUACGGCCUCAGCUACGGGUUCCAGUGGCCUGGGUUGCUGCGCGAGCUCGCGGCACGGAGAGGCGGCCCACCGGAGGUGAGGAUCACCGGCAUUGACCUACCUCAGCCGGGAUUCCGCCCUGACCAACACAUCGAGGAGACCGGGCGGCGGCUGAGCAGGUACGCCGACGAGCUCGGCGUGCCGUUCAAGUUCCACGGCAUCGCGGCGACGAAGAAGGAGAGCGUGAGGCGGGAGGAGCUGGGCGAGGCGGAGGAAGACGAGGUGGUGGUGGUGAUCAGCCUGUGCCAUUUCAGGAACGUGAUGGACGAGAGCCUGCAGGAGGACAGCAGCAGGAGCCCCAGGGACGAGGUGCUGGGGAACAUCCGCAGGAUGCGCCCCGACGUGUUCAUCCAUGGCAUCAUGAACGGAGCCUACGGCGCGACCUACUUCCUGACACGCUUCCGGGAGGCUCUCUACUACUACGCGGCGCAGUUCGACCUGCUGGACGCGACGGUGGGGCGGGAGAGCCACGAGCGGAUGCUGGUGGAGCGGGACAUCUUCGGGCGGGCGGCUCUGAACGUGAUCGCCUGCGAGGGCGCGGAGCGGGUGGAGCGGCCGGAGAUGUACAAGCAGUGGCAGGCGAGGAACCAGCGCGCGGGGCUGAGGCAGCUGCCGCUGAAUCCGCAGGUUGUGAGGCUGGUGCUGGACAAGGUGAGGGACAAGUACCACAAGGACUUCGUGGUGGACGAGGAUCAACGCUGGUUGCUGCACAGGUGGAAGGGCCGCGUGCUCUACGCCUUGUCCACUUGGGUUGCCCAACACUAGCUCUUAGCCUCUUACCAAUUAUUUAUACCAAUUUUCAGAUAUGCACAUCAUAAGUACAACCAUGUCUAUGAUCGAUGUGGACCAUGGUUGAGUAAACCCUAUUGUAUGUUUCUUGUAUCACAUUUUUGCUCCUCCUUGGUCAUGGUGACCACUGACCACUACCUGAUUUACUACUCCAGUUAA